AUGGCUGCUCGCUGCGUGGCGUGGGCGGUGUGCUGUCCCCAGCGUUGGGUUGUCCAUGUCAGUAGGCAGGACGCAGGCCAGGCGAUUGUUUCCGCGAAGGCAUUGCGCCCGAAAACCGUUGACUUGCUCACCCGCCUCUCAUCCCAUCUCAUUUCUCCCACUCGCUCCAUCGUUGGUCCUUGUUCGUUGCUUCCCGUUUUACUGUACCGUUCCUGUCUGUGGACAUGUGUUCUCCAACAAUGGCUCCACCGCAUCUGCCCUCUUCUACUCUUCGUCUCUCUUUUCGACAACCAGAACUGUCUCAUCACGAGCCCCCUGCCCCGCUUCCGCUUCCGCUUCCGCUCCCGCGCCACAGAAGACUCGCGGCAGUCGACCCUCCAGGCGAUGGGCGAUGGGCGAUGGGCGAUGGGCGAUGGGCGAUGGGCGAUGGGCGAUGAGCGAUGGGGACGGAGCAGGGCAAGACAUGUCAGCCGGGUGCUCCGUUUGGCCCAACGUUUGCACGAGGGUCAGCUUAGCGCCUCGGACGGUGGGGACCAUGACCUCGUGUGUGGCUCACACGACGCUCAGCAGGGCAAAGUUUGGGCUGCGGCUUCCAAGGCCCCCGCUUCCGCCCAGGGAUGUACUAUGUACGUCCCCGCCUGCCGCUGCCGUCUCCCAGGCACAGGCACUCCCAGGAGGUUCUUGCCUUGUUCGGUGCGCGCAUGCCAAUCAGAGAUUCAGCUUACCCACCCACAGAAGCCCACCCGUCGUGUUCUGGGCCCUGGCCGUUCCUGA